AUGGCUUCGUUCUUCCACGCAUGUCCUCAUUUGAGGACUGCCGCUUCCAAGCUUGUUCACAGGCUAGCCGCGCCCCGGCCAUGCUUCAAUUUCCCCCUCCGCUCUUCGACCUCGACAACACCGCGGAUCUCCGCUUUCCGCCAACCAUCUGUUGCGCAGUUCAUACGCUUCCAAUCCUCUGCCGCGGCAAGUCGCGCGCCUCAAGCUUCCGUCGCGGAAGCAGUCUCCAAGACUAGGGCUCGCGCGUCGAGCUUUCCUAAUACGACUGACAAAAGCGUCGCAUACUGGCUGCUAGGGAGCGCGGCGAGUGUUUUUGGUAUUGUAAUAUUCGGGGGGCUCACAAGGCUCACGGAGUCAGGACUCAGUAUCACGGAAUGGCGACCAGUCACUGGCUCGAGACCUCCGAUGAGCCAAGAUGAUUGGGAAUCUGAAUUCGCCAAAUAUCGAGCCUCGCCCGAAUUCCAGCUUCUCAACCCCAACAUGACCCUUGAAGAGUUCAAGAAGAUAUACUGGAUGGAAUGGAUUCAUCGCCUGUGGGGUCGUGUUAUCGGCGUCACUUUUCUCGUGCCUACUAUUUACUUCAUCGCGCGGAGGAGAGUAUCAGCGUCAAUGGCCUGGAAACUCUCCGGAAUAUGCGGGUUGAUAGGGUUUCAGGGUUUCCUCGGUUGGUGGAUGGUGAAGAGCGGGCUCCGCGACGAUCUUUUUGCUCCUGGAAGCCACCCCCGAGUUAGCCAGUACCGCCUGACGGCCCACCUCGGGGCCGCCUUUGGAGUCUAUGUCGCCAUGUUGCUGUCUGGGUUAUCGAUUUUGAAAGAGCACAGAUUGUUGGCCGAUCCCGAAAAAGCCGCAAAAGCUUUGGAGACAUUGAAGCAUCCCGCACUCCGCGUCUUCAGGGGUUCCGUUCUUGCUCUCGCCCUCCUCGUCUUCACAACCGCCAUGUCGGGAGCUCUGGUAGCGGGACUUGACGCCGGUCUGAUCUACAACGAGUUCCCAUACAUGGGUCUUGGUCUUACCCCUCCAAAGAAAGAGCUGUUCGAUCCGUUCUACAGCCACGUCCCCGAUCAGUCAGAUCUCUGGUGGCGCAACAUGCUGGAGAACCCUUCCCUCGUCCAACUGGACCAUCGCAUCCUGGCCACGACCACAUUCACUGCCGUGAUGGCCCUUUUCGCCUAUACGCGGUUUUCCGGUGCCGUCCGUAGCACCAUUCCCAGGGACGCAAAGAAAGGGGUAAUGGGAAUGGUUCACCUCGUCUCUCUACAAGUUGCUCUGGGUAUCAGCACGCUCAUCUACAUGGUACCGACAUGGCUGGCCUCUGCCCAUCAAGCUGGCGCUCUGGCUCUCCUAACGGGCGCCGUGGUCCUCUACAGCAGGAUAUCAAUGCCAAGGCGAGCAAUUCUACGCCAGGUCUUCCGCUCCCCAACGGCUCCGAGCCAUGCCAGGACAUCGCUUCGCUCACGCCUCGCCGCCGAGCAAAAGCCAUAA